AUGCAUGCGUUGGAUUUUCUUCAAUUCUAUCGAAGGAUUAUGACAAGAAGACUGGACAAGGAGAAGAACUCGGAGAAUCUUGCUGGCACGCAGGCAAGAUAUGGCCAAUAUCUCCAGGAUCUCUGCAGGACAAUGUGGGUAUGGCAGGCAUGGAUGGCACAGUCAAGACCAGCAUGCGAUCCGAUGUUUUCGACUACUACCACUACACCUCGGCAAAUCUUCUCCGGUCGAGGCCUACACGGACUAUGGAUGUUUGGAGACACAGGGCAAGCAAUGGGCGUGCAUCUCCGGUCUACCAGCCAUGGGGGCCAUGGCUAUUGA